CAGGCCUGCUCGAGAAAGGGCGGUUCGGCUUCAUUUCUGCUUAACCGGAGACUUCCCGGAGGGAAACCAGAAAACGGGCGCAGAGGAGAAACCCGGAGAACGAGAAAACGUUUGGCAAUCUGAACGUUUUGAAACCUUUCUCCAAACCCCAAACUCCCGCGCUCACUUCACUCUUCGAAGUCAAUUUCUUCCUUCUUCACUCCAAUUCCUAACUCGCAGAAGAACCCGUAGCUUUGCUUCACUAAUUCAUCCAUGGCGCAUCUUCCGAUAGUUCAAUUCGAGGAGCAGAUCAUUAGAACGGUGGAAGACAAUUCGGUGGUGGUCGUCAUCGGAGAGACCGGUUCCGGUAAAAGCACACAACUCUCGCAGAUGCUGCACCGCCAUGGCUACUCCAAGCGAGGAAUAAUCGGCGUCACUCAGCCUCGUCGAGUUGCUGCUGUCUCCGUUGCCAGACGAGUUGCUCAGGAGCUCGGCGUUAAGCUUGGGGAGGAAGUAGGUUACGCGAUUCGGUUUGAAGAUAGGACUUCAGAUUUAACGCGAAUCAAAUACCUCACUGAUGGAGUCCUUCUCCGAGAAAGUUUAUCGGACCCUGAGCUUAGCCAUUAUUCGGUCAUUAUAUUGGAUGAAGCCCAUGAGAGGAGCUUGAACACAGACAUUCUAUUGGGUCUGGUGAAGCGAUUGACUAAACUGCGUGCCUCCAAUUUGAAAGUUCUGAUCACAUCUGCAACUCUGGAUGGGGAGAAAGUAUCUGAAUUCUUUUCCGAGUCCCCGAUUCUGAACGUCCCUGGAAAGCUAUACCCUGUGGAAGUAGUGUACAGUAGGGAACGUCCUAUAAGUUAUACGGAAUCUUGCCUGAAAACAGCUCUAGAUAUACAUCGUAAGGAACCUGAAGGUGAUGUGCUGAUAUUCAUGACCGGACAGGAUGAUAUUGAGAAGCUGGUCUCGAAAUUGGAGAAUAAGAUUCGAGGCCUAGAGGAAGGUUCCUGCAUGGAUGCAAUUAUCCUCCCUCUUCAUGGUUCUUUGCCACCUGAAAUGCAGGCAGGGUUUUCUUUAUUUCCUUUUCCCUUCUCCUGUGAAGUGAAAGUGUUUAGUCCUGCUCCUCCAAAUUGUAGGCGCUUUAUUGUUGCCACGAACAUUGCUGAAACUUCUUUGACUGUUGAUGGAGUUGUGUAUGUUGUUGAUUCGGGUUAUGUAAAGCAAAGGCAGUACAAUCCAUCAACUGGCAUGUAUUCUCUUGAUGUUGUUCAGAUCAGCAAAGUGCAAGCAAAUCAGCGUGCAGGGCGAGCAGGGAGGACGCGCCCUGGAAAGUGCUAUAGGUUAUACCCUUCCUUAAUGUAUCAAGAUGAAUUGCUCGAUGUGACUGUCCCAGAGAUACAGCGAACUUCACUUGCUGGCACCGUCCUUUACUUGAAGUCCUUGGAUCUUCCUGACAUUGAUAUUCUUAAGUUUGAUUUCCUGGACCCGCCUUCUGCUGAGUCGCUAGAAGAUGCUUUAAAACAACUGUAUCUAAUUGAUGCAAUUGAUGAAAAUGGAGCAAUCACAAGUAUUGGACGGACAAUGGCUGAACUGCCGCUAGAACCCUCACUUUCCAGAACAUUAUUAGAAGCAAAUGAGAACGGUUGCUUAUCCCAAGCUUUGACUGUUGCUGCUAUGUUAUCUGCAGAAACUUCAUUGCUUCCUAAUCGAAGUAGCAAGAACAAUGAAAAGAAGAGGAAACAAGAACCUGUAGAACUCCCUACUGGAUCUGGUUAUGGUGAUCACAUCCAGAUGCUACAGAUCUAUGAGCAAUGGGAUCGGAAUGGGUAUGACAUUAGGUGGUGCAGAGAUACUGGCUUGCAGGAGCGAGGAAUGGUGUUUGUUAAAGACGUCCGGAAACAAUUAUCUCAGAUUAUGCAGAAAAUUGCCAAGGGUUCAACCGAUGUACGAGCCAAUCGAAGAUACCGUGAAAGCGAACAUGAUUAUAGGAAUUUAAGGAAGGCCUUGUGUGUAGGCUACGCAAAUAGGCUUGCUGAGAGAAUGAUUCAGCACAAUGGUUACAGAACUAUAGGGUUCAAGCCUCAACUAAUUCAGGUACACCCUUCUUCAGUGCUAAAAGCUGACGAUGAUGGAAUGUUCCCAAACUAUGUUGUCUAUCAUGAGCUUAUCGCCACUUCUCGUCCAUACAUGCGGAAUCUCUGUACUGUGGAGAUGAGAUGGGUCUCUCCCAUUUUCAAGAAGCUUGAGAACUUGGAUGUCAGCAAACUCAGUGGAGGACUUCAUCGUGAUGUAAGAAACGGAGAAGGAAAAUCCUUAGAGUUGACGAAAAAAGAAAAUGUUGCUGCUAGGACUCCCGACGACCAUGAGAGCAGAGUCCUGGCUGCUCGUGAACGGUUUCUCGCUCGAAAAGCACAGAAAUGAGUUUCUCUCAUCAUUCGUUUGCCUCGAGUACCAGUCAUUGAUACAAGGACUCGUCAAAGUGAAAAGCUGCUAGACAUCUCUGGAGUCUGAACUAAGCUUAGCUUCACCUUUCUGGUAGCUCGUGAUCCAAAAGCCUCUGAGCGCUAGAGUUCUACUUGCACAGUUACACUAGUAGGCUCCCGCAUCUGUCUAUUUUCGGCCGUAUUUCCCCCAUGUAUGCUUUCAUUAACACUGGAACACUAAAACGAAUGGCAGUGACAGUGAAGAACAACUGCUGUAGAAUUGUAUUUGUAGCACUGCCAGAUUUACAGAGAUCUGAACUCCUUGCUGAUUACAACUGUUAUUGCUUGUAACCAGAUGUUGCAAAACAGGAACCCAAAGAUGAUGCACUUGCUGAACUUAGCAUGGGAAUCAUUAGGAAGCCUGUUCGCAGAAACCUUGUUCCAUUUUUAUCUCCACUGCAUAGUAACGUUCCAUGCUUUCAAGUUUCAUCACGGCCUCAUAGGGAACUUCACAAGGGUUGAAAAAGUUGGGAUGGAAACGAGUUGCAGAAACAGAGCCAGCAGCAAGCAGUACAAAACAAAAGCUGCGCCAAAGAGCACAACAGCACCUCUGG